CUCCGCUUCAUUCGAUGCUGGAAGCGGCUCAAGACAACAAAUUGGUGAUGUCUUGCGGCGCGGCGGUGACCCGCAAUUUUUCACGUAAAAAUGGUAUAAAGUGCAGAUAUUCAUGUUCUCGAAAGGGCACGAUUGGGAGUCUUCGUUGGCCUUCGUUUUCUUUAGCCAUGAUUCUCUCGCCGCUGUCCGGUCUGGUGGGCUUCGCAGCUGCCAUCCCUUCUUCAGUCGGCUCGCGAGCUUUGAGUACAUCGGAUGAUUUAUUAGUAUCUUGUCCUGGUUAUACGGCUUCAAAUGUCAUAAUAACUGGCAGUGGCUUAACAGCCGACCUGGCUCUCGCCGGAACCGCUUGCAAUGUUUAUGGAGAGGAUUUGACGAGCUUGACUUUACAGGUUGUAUAUGAGACUAGUCAGUACAUUCUUAAGAUAUGGCUUCUUAUACAAGCAAAUUACUAACCACGGUUGAAGAUGACCGAAUUCAUGUUAAGAUUCAGGAUGCCGCCAACAGUGUUUACCAAGUUCCUGAAAGUGUGUUUCCACGGCCGACGGAGCAAGCAGGGAAUAGCUCGGUAAGUAUUCUAUUCAAGUAUACAGAAUCUCCGUUCUCGUUCUCGGUAGUCCGCGCCCAAUCUGGCGAGAUUCUCUUCGACACUUCUGCUGCGAGUCUCGUCUUUGAAUCCCAAUAUCUUCGACUACGAACUGCUCUUCCUGAUAGCCCAAAUCUUUAUGGUAUGGGUGAGCACGCAGAUCCAUUUCGUCUCAAUACUACCAACUACAUCAGGACUUUGUGGAGUCAAGAUGCCUAUGGUAUCCCAGCUGGAGCCAAUCUUUACGGCAACCAUCCUGUCUAUUUCGAUCAUAGAUUAACGGGCACCCAUGGAGUCUUCUUCCUUAACUCCAAUGGGAUGGAUGUCAAGAUAAACAACACAGACGGAAAGAACCAAUACCUUGAGUAUAAUACACUCGGCGGCGUUCUUGACUUUUACUUCAUGGCCGGUCCGACGCCCAUUGAGGUUUCAAAGCAGUACGCGGAGGUCGCGGGCCUCCCUGCCAUGCAGUCUUACUGGUCUUUUGGCUACCACAACUGUAGGUAUGGGUAUCAAGAUGCUUUUGAGGUCGCAGAGGUAGUCUACAACUAUUCGUCAGCCGGCAUUCCCUUGGAAACAAUGUGGACUGACAUCGACUACAUGGAUCGCCGAAUGGUAAUACACCCAUGUCCUCUUAUUGUGGCUGGCUAACCAGAUAAGGUGUUUUCACUGGAUCCAGAACGCUUUCCAUUGAAAAUGGUUCGAGACCUCAACCACUAUCUCCAUUCUCAUAACCAGAAAUACAUCGUAAUGGUAGAUCCAGCAGUCGCUUACGCAGACUACCCAGCCUACCAAAAUGGAGUUGAGAAUGACAUCUGGCUCAAAAGAUCUAAUGGUUCAGAGUGGCUGGGAGUAGUAUGGCCUGGAGUGACUGUUUUCCCAGAUUGGUUUCAUGAAAAUGUCCAAGAAUAUUGGAAUGAUGAGUUCACUUCAUUCUUUUCACCGGAGAAUGGAGUUGAUAUUGAUGGGUUGUGGAUUGAUAUGAACGAACCUUCCAACUUCCCGUGCAACUUCCCUUGCGAUAAUGUAAGUUUCCAUACUCUAAAAUUACCCUACCAGAAUCUGACUAUAAUCAUAGCCAUUUCAAUCAGCCAUAGGUUACCCACCGACCCCCCCAGAAGUGAGAACGCCACCUCGACCGCUUCCCGGAUUUUCAUGCGACUUCCAACCUCCAGGAACAGCGUGUAAUGAGACACAAAAGAGGGCCUUCACUGAGGUGCAGGAGCUCAGAUCAUCACCUCAAAUCCAGGAACGACGGUCUUCAGGUCAACAGCUUGGUCUCCCAGGACGUGAUCUACUUUAUCCGAAGUAUGCGAUUCAUAAUGCUGCAGCCUUCACUGUUGAAGAUAAUGCUUUAGGGGGAGGAAUAUCGAACAAGACCGUAAACACGGAUGUCAUUCAUCAGAAUGGAUUAGCUAUGUACGAUACUCACAACCUCUACGGCACAAGUCAGUCAAAUCCCACAAUGCCAUUCCCAAAACUAACGGAUUUAGUGAUGUCAACCGCAUCCAGGGAUGCUAUGGAGCACCGUAGACCAAGCGAGAGACCUCUUAUUAUAACCCGAAGCACCUUUGCUGGAGCUGGAACUAAGGUUGGUCAUUGGACUGGUGACAAUGUUAGUUCAUGGGAGAAAUACCGUAUCUCGAUUGCCUCAAUGAUGGCGUUCGCUUCCAUCUACCAAAUCCCCAUGGUUGGAUCAGAUGUUUGUGGAUUUGCCGACAACACCACUGAACAGCUCUGUGCUCGAUGGGCCGCUUUGGGUGCUUUCAGUCCGUUCUAUAGAAACCACAAUGGUUUCGUACCAAAUAUCCCACAGGAAUUCUAUCGAUGGGAAAGUGUGACUGCUUCCGCAAAGAAGGCAAUUGACAUCCGCUAUCGUCUUAUGGAUUAUAUCUACACAGCUCUCUACCACCAAACUCAAGAUGGAACACCAAUCAUCAACCCUCUAUUCUAUCUGUAUCCCCAAGACACAAACACGUUUGGCAAUGACCUCCAGUAUUUCUACGGACCUUCCCUACUGGUCAGCCCAGUCACCGAGGAAGAUUCUACAAGUGUCCAAGCAUACUUCCCCAAAGACAUUUUCUACGACUUCUACACCCACGCCAGAAUAGAAGGACAAGGUGCUGUGAUACCACUCACAAACAUCGAUGUGAAAACCAUUCCCCUGUACUACCGCGGAGGAGUCAUAGUCCCUCAGCGCAUGAACAGCACAAUGACAACCACCGAACUCCGCAAGCAAGACUUCGAAAUCAUCGUCCCGGUGGGAAGCGACGGUACCGCUGCGGGCGAGUUGUAUCUCGACGACGGAAUUUCGUUGGUACAGAAGGCGACUACUUAUGUCAAGUUCAACUUUGACGGUAGCGUGUUCACCAUGCAGGGCAACUAUGGCUAUGGCUUGGGUGUAAAGAUCGCGAGAAUAGUGUUCCUAGGAGUGGGCGACAAAACAAACGCAACGGUUAGCGCUGACCAAUUGAAGAGCGUAGAAACAGGCAACAGAGUGGAAGUGGUCAUCGGAAAAGAGCUAAAUGCUGAUUUCUCGACUUCAGUAAACUGAAUAGAUAGUUUGCCUUCCACGGAAUACAAUAAUAAACUUGUUGUUCGCUAUUCCCGCC